GCGCGCACUGUCGUUGAGCUCAUGCAUGGCCACUCAAUGUGACAGUAGCGAUGGCUGGGAACGGGAGACAGCAGCGCGUGGUCAGAGCCCGUCUCCACACUCGAUGUGCCAUGAAAAAUUAACUGCCCCGCGACAACCUGACCUCCAGUCUAUGUGUGAAGAACUUUUGUGAAUGAAUAAGUUUGGCCGACCACUUUGAAAAGAGUUUGGUAAGCUGGCAGUGCUGCCAGGAUUUGGGAACAGGGGGAGCGGGGAGGGCUCCUGCUACCUUGGGAGGUCUGUAUGCUUUUCAACGCACUCAAAAUGGAUAAUGCUUUCUAUAGAUAAAUUUGGCAACUUCUGUCAAGGGUUGUAGACUUGAUAUUGAACCUUAGUCAAUGGAUUUACCGCCCUCAAUACAACAACAUUUUAACUGUACUUUCUCUCUAGGCUAGAAAUCGUGAAGCAUGGGUGACUGGAGCUUUCUUUUCAGGCUCUUGGAGAAUGCACAGGAACACUCAACCGUGAUCGGCAAAGUCUGGCUGACCGUGCUCUUCAUUUUCAGGAUCCUGGUAUUGGGGGCGGCGGCAGAGGAAGUCUGGGGCGACGAGCAGUCGGACUUCACCUGUAACACGCAACAGCCCGGCUGUGAGAACGUGUGUUACGACGAGGCCUUUCCAAUCUCCCACAUCCGCUUCUGGGUGCUCCAGAUUAUUUUCGUGUCCACGCCGACGCUCAUUUACCUGGGCCAUGUACUGCACAUUGUUCGUAUGGAGGAAAAGCGGAAAGAACGCGAGGAGGAUCUUCGAAAGGCCAGGAGGCUUAAAGAUGAGAAAGAACUCCUGUAUAGAAACGGAGGGGAGUCUGGUGGGGGCGGCAAAAAGGAGAAACCACCAAUCAGAGACGAGCACGGAAAAAUCCGCAUUAGAGGCGCCUUGUUGCGUACCUAUGUGUUCAACAUCAUUUUCAAGACCCUGUUUGAGGUGGGCUUUAUUUUAGGCCAGUAUUUUCUAUAUGGUUUCCAGUUGAGGCCCCUGUAUAAGUGCAAACGGUGGCCCUGCCCUAACACCGUGGACUGCUUCAUUUCAAGGCCCACGGAAAAAACCAUCUUCAUCAUAUUUAUGCUUGUGGUGGCUUGCGUGUCUCUUUUGCUGAAUUUGUUAGAAAUCUAUCACCUCGGAUGGAAGAAGGUCAAACAGGGCAUGACCAAUGAGUUUACCCCGGACCACGAGCUACUGCCCGGUUCGGACGCACCAGAGCCAGAGUCCUCGAUCGCGUCGCCCAGAACCGCCCCUCCCACCCUCAGCUACCCGCCGGACUACACGGAGGUGGCGGCGAGCAGCGGUGCGUUCCUGCAGCCUGUGUCUGCAUCCUCCACGGCCGAGUUCAAGUUGGACCCUCUGCGUGAGGAGCUAGAGGAGUCUUCCCCUUUUUACAUCAGCAACAACAACAACCACAGGCUGGCCGCCGAGCAGAACUGGGCCAACCUGGCCACCGAGCAGCAGACUCGGGAGAGGCACGGCGCCUCCCCUUCCCCUUCCUCUUCCUCGCGUUCCUCUGGUAACGGGCGGCGAGCCAAAGAUGCUGCUCAGCCCACCAGUACUCCACCCUCCACCGGUGGCAGUUUGAGCGGGGGGGCGGAGGAGGCGCACGUCACCACCACGGUGGAGAUGCACGAACCCCCCGUCAUUUUCACUGAUGCUCGACGAUUGAGCAGAGCUAGUAAAGGCAGCAGCGUGAGAGCGAGACCCAGUGAUCUGUCGGUGUAGAGUCUCUCUAGCUUAGCCCCAAAGGUCAUUUGCAAUAAUGCACAAACAAACACACAGAGAGGAAAUGAGAGGCAGAUUGCUGGAAUUUGGAAGUUAUUAGGUAUAUAGUACCAUUUGUAAAGUUACACACUCGUGCAGUCAUCACACAAAAGUGUUACAUCAUCUCCAAAAGUCAGUCCAAAAGUGGUGUAAAGGGGUUUGGUUGUGAUUUUAUAACAGGUGACAGCUGAAUGGUGUUCCGGUGGACGGUGUGCAUGCCUCUGGAUUACAUAAACUAUAUAUGCAAUAUAUUUAACACUAUUCAAUUCGGUUUCAGAUUUUUUGCUUUAGUCUUGAAAACAAAAUUCAUUUGGCUAUAUUAACCAAAUUUAAUGCAUUGAAAAACAAAACUAAAACAGAUAUUAGUCAAAAAUAACAAAUAAAUAUGUUUUGGAAGAUAAGAAUGUGCUUGCACUUUUGCGCAGGUAAUAUUUGGAGAGCUCGGAUGCAAAACCCUUUAAGUGCAUUUGUAGUUUUCUUGUAAAUGAGCAUUUUUAUCAGGCAAUGAAAAGGUAAUUAGUAAUUAAAAUGUUUUAUUUUCACAAAUGUCAAUUUAGUCUUUGGUAUUUAAAAAACUUUGCAGUCUUUUGCUGCCAAACCCUCUAAGUACAUGCAAAAAUCUCCUUUUUUACUUAAAGUAAAAGACUCAAAAAUUGAGUCAAUAUCCUAAUAUAUUCAGUAAUGCUCCUUUAACCUUGUAAAAAAAAAACUUUGCACUUUUGACAUAUGGUUCAUCCAAUUCUUCUUCCGUGCACUUAGAGGACUUUGCCAAGAAACCACCAUGGCGUUUAAUGGAUUCGUUAUUUCCGAAUGGCUCGAUGCCAGGAAUAAAGGACAAGUUCGGUAUUUUAAACUUAAAGCCCUGUUUUCAGAUUGUUUAUGAUGAAAUAGAACGGUUUUGACUGAAAUUUCGACAUAUGAUGCUGGCCCGAGAAUUUUCGGGUGUUUCUUGUAUCACCUCCCACCUCUAUAAUGGCUGUAUAGGUGCACUGGAACAAUUCUCCUAAAAUGCAUUAAACUUUCAUUUACAAAGACGUGAAACUCACCGAGUGGUCAGGGGUGUUCACUGAUAUGCUCACACAAAAAUCGCUGCAAAAGACGCAUUCCAACAGGUUUUAUCGUAGUUUUAUCCAACUCCAUUGACUUGUAUUAGAUGUGCUGUGAGGUACAGUAUUACUCUGCGCCGGGAACCUUGUUUGUAUUCUUGCAAUUGGCAAAGGCGGAUUAUCGCCACCAACUGGGCUGGAGUGUCUAUUAUUCAAGCUCUCAACGGAAGAAUAUACGGGUGUGAGGCGUUUGGAAAAAAGGUCCACAAGUUUACAACGAAUGCUAAAACACCUGUUGGAAAGCAUCUUUUGCAGCGAUUUUUGUGUGAGCAUAUCAGUGAACACCCCUGACCACUCGGUGAGUUUCAUGU